UUUAUUAUAUCUAAGAUUAAUAGAAAAAACAUGCAAUUUAUUUAAGUUGAUAACAAUUAAGAGCUUUCGAAAUUCGCUUUAAAUAUCAACAUCAGAAGUGCAAAAAUUUUAACAAGUUCAUUGAGAUUAUAAAAAUGUCCAAGACCGACGUUAUGUUUCAUCCUAUAAUUAGCUCUAUACAAAGAAUAGCUCUUUAUGAAACGAAAGCGAGAUUUUACCUGAUUGGUUCUAACAAUACCCAAACUAGAUUUCGAGUGUUGAAAAUAGACAGGACAGACUCCAAAGAGCUAUCGCUGAUUGAUGACAAAGUGGAGUAUAACAAGCAGGAGAUCCACCAGCUCCUGAACAUGAUUGGCUGUGGGAAUCGAGCUGGGAAGAACUCCGGAUUCAACAAGCUUGUCUCUGCAUUUGGUAUAGUUGGUUUCAUCAGAUUCUUAGAGGGCUAUUACAUCAUCCUGGUAAGGAAAAGGCGUAAAAUAGCCAUGAUUGGCGCCCACUCCAUUUACAAGAUAGAGGACACAUCAACCAUCUACAUUCCAAGCGACAGUAACAAACCGCAGCACCCCGACGAACAGAGAUACUUGAAGAUGUUCCUGGCUAUAGAUUUGUCAACGAAUUUCUAUUACAGUUACAGUUACGAUAUAACACAUACGUUGCAAAUGAACAUGGCACCGCCUCGGAAGCUGGCACCGGCGUUGUUCCCUGAGCCGGUCACGGCAGCUGUGUAUCGGUCAAAUCUGCACUCUGGUGAUGAUGAGAAGUGCACUUGUCAGGCGGUUGAUGAUGAUGAAGAUAUAUUUGAAACGUGGAAGAAGCAGUUGCAGCAGAGGCAGGAGAAGAUGGGAUCGGAUCCCAGAGCAAGCUUGGAGUUUGGUGUCCGAACUGUCCCAGAGUGGAGGUUUGUCUGGAACAGCCAUCUGCUGUCUCCGGUGCAUUCUCAGCUGCAUCCCGACUGGAUUCUCUAUAUCGUGCAUGGAUUCAUUGAACAGAGCAACCUCAACAUCUUCGGUCGUCCAGUCUACAUCACCCUGGUAGCCCGAAGGAGCAACCGCUACGCCGGCACCAGGUUCCUCAAGCGAGGAGCCAACAUGCACGGGGACGUGGCCAACGAGGUGGAAACCGAGCAGAUUGUUCAUGACUCUAUGAUAUCCUCGUUCUCGAAUGGCAGCUUCAGCUCCUUCGUUCAAAUGCGGGGCUCGAUCCCCAGCUACUGGUCCCAGGACAUCUCCAAAAUGGUGCCCAAACCCCAAAUCUCGAUCGACCUGAGCGACCCAUUCGCCGAAAUACCCGCCAAGCAUUUUAACAACCUCAUGAGGAGAUACGGCGCUCCCAUCAUGAUACUUAAUCUGGUGAAGAAGAGAGAGAAGAAAAGACACGAGUCGUUGUUAACGGACGUUAUAAGUAAUGCAGUGAAGUAUCUGAAUCAGUUUUUGCCGCCGGAGCACGGUGUUCAGUACUUCCAUUUGGAUAUGGCUAGGAUGAAUAAAGGGGCUGAUGCUAAGGUUUUGGACAAGCUAGCCUUAUUCGCGCGAGCGGCGGUACGGCGUACUGGUGUGUUUCUAAGCGGCGCGCGAGGCCCGGGCGAGGCCGACGGCGAGCCCGGGGCCGACGAGCGCGGCGGCGCGCCCGGCCACCAGCGCGGCCGGCUCCAGACGGGCCUCGUGCGCGUCAACUGUGUGGACUGCCUCGACCGCACCAACACCGCGCAGUUCGCCAUCGGCAAGGUCGUGCUCGCUCACCAGCUGUACGCUCUAGGCCUGAUAGGCUCUCCCGUGGUGGAGUUCGACUCGGACUGCGCGCGCCUGCUGGAGGGCUUGUACGAAGACCACGGCGACACCCUCGCCCUGCAGUACGGCGGCUCGCAGCUGGUCCACAGAAUAAAAACCUACCGCAAAACAGCCCCCUGGGCGUCCCACGGCAACGACAUAAUGCAAACGUUGAGCCGGUACUACUCCAACACCUUCUCCGACGCUGAGAAACAGAACACCAUGAACCUGUUCCUGGGACUGUUCAUACCGGAGGCGGGCAAGCCGGCGAUAUGGGAGUUCCCGAGCGAUUACUAUCUACAUCACCCGGAGGCGGUAGUUUAUAUACCGAGAAACAGGUCGCUAACAAAAUGGUGGGACGACGACGUACUAAAACACCUGCCCUACCCAACGAACGAAAUGCGCAAACUUUGCUGCGAAAUCAUUGGCAUGCAGGGGGACUCCGGGGCACUCGAGAUGGUGGACACCUACCACGACUAUAACAGGCCAUUCGAAUACACUGUGUUCGCGGAGUGCUAUGAGUUCAAGAUGUGUCACACGCUACGCGACUUAACCCCGACAUUUGCGGAGAGCUUCAGUCCUUUCGUCGUGAGAGGGCGCGCCGUGACCAGGACCAGCACCAACCCCGGCCUCAGCGGGCGCGCCUCCACCGCUUCUAACAAUUCUAGCGAUUCGGACAGCGCGUCGUCGUCGGACUCGUCGCUGGCCGGCUCGCUGGGCGGCCGCGCCCCCGCCCCCUCACCCGCCCCCGCCCCCUGCGCCCCCGGCGCCCCCGCUCCCGCGCCGCGCGCCCCCCCGCACGCCGCGCCGCCCCCCUUCGUCGCCGUCAAGCGACGCAACAGACUCGCGCUAAAGGAGCCCAGCAAGGCGGACAUGACUGUGUAUAGGCGCUAUGUAAACUUCGAGCGCCGCUCGAACCUGCAAUACAAGCCCACCAGCCCAGUAACCGUGACAGUAAGCAGUGCGUUCACGAUUGACAGUUCGGCGGACGUCAUCCCGCCCACGGUGACGCGGGGCGCGCGCGAACUGUACCGCGACUAUAUCAGGCGGAGCACGGGCAAGACGUUCGUGUCGCAACAGACCGUCGAGAUAUACACGAGAUAUGUCGAGUUCGCGCAAUGAAUGUAAAAUGACUGAUUAUGAGUGUCAAAGUGUGUGUGUGUGCGUGUUAUUGAUCUCAAAUUCUAAGGAAUCUAAUAAAAGAAAUGUUUUAGCGCCUGUGUUUUAGUUUAGUAUCCGACUUUAGGAAACAUGCGUACCGCCUGAUGGUAAGCGGCUGCAUGGAAGUAAAUAUCGGUUACCUACAGUAGACUAUAGCCUUCAAUUUCUGGGGUGUCACAUUUGCGUUGCUGGCUCUAAAUAUGUUAUUUGUUAAUAAUAUUAU